AUGAGAGAUGAGCUCCGUCUGGAACAGCACAAUCUUUCUUUCUCCUCCGUGGAGCUCAUGCCAAGGGAAAGCACUGUGCCCAGCACUGCAUACGUGGCCUUAACAGAAACCGCUCCAGGGUCCCCGCAAAGCAGCUCUCUCCACGUCACAUCAUCUCCAUCCACCACGGCUUUUGAUACAGCCUUUUUUAACCAAGGAAAAUGGACCCAAAGUACAGCAGAUUCCAGCAUCUUUGCGGCAAAUUAUGUGGCAGUGACGAGCAACGAGGUCCUAGAUGACGAUGAAAUGGACAACUUCUUGCCAGAGACUUAUUGGACUGCCUCGCGCGUGGUUUCGCCGGUACGAUACGUCACAGUCAGCCCGCCAGAGCUGCCCAAGGAAACCUUAGACUCCGUGCUGACUCCAUCGUUACCCGUCAUACCUUUACAAGAUGAAGAAGUGACAUCAGCCUGGCUAAACACAGUGAAACAACCAACCACGUAUGCUGAGCUCCCUGGUCAUUUCAGUGCUUUUCGGUCAGCUUUUCCCACUUCCGAGGGCGUAAUUCCAAUGCCUAGUAGGAAUUUGGCAUUUUAUCCUUCAGAUGCUUGUGGGCACGUGUCAAGCAGGACUUUGCCAGAGAUCAUGGUUUCAGGAGCAGAGGGCUCAGGAACCCUCCUUCUUAGCUCACAGUCUUCAGAGUCCUGGCUACCAGACGAUGAUGUUACUCAGCAGCCAUCUCCCCCAUCAGGGCAGGUCUCACCGCCUCCAGGGGAUGCUCUGGCCACAGAUACAGACAGGUACCCUGAUGUCACCGCUGAUUUGGGUCAGAGCCUAGACAAAACCAUCUCUCCAGGCACACGCCGUUCUGCAGCUCUGUCGCCGAAGGUCCUUGCUUUCAGCAGCAGCAGUGCGCACUGGGCUUUGUUUCCAACUCCUCUGGCAUCUGGAUCCUUUUCUGCUCAAUCCGCCGGCGUGUCACAUAACCCCUUUCUUCCUGGCGACUCCCUUGAGGCAUCAGAAUUGCCUGGCCACUCAGUGGUCCCAAGUGGUGCGGGUGUCCAGAGCCUGGUGUCUUUGUUCAGGCCGUACACGCGGUGUGUGUCCUGCGCUGAGGUGUCCUCCCGGCCCGUGCUGUCAACGAGCCUCACAGAGAAGGAUGCUGGAUCGGGGGAUGGUGCUGAGACCCUGUCCCCCACCCCCUUGGGAGCCAGCAGCAUCUCUCCACUGAGCAGCGUCAUCACAGACUUCCCUGAAUUUGAGGAAGAGUCUCAAGAGUUCAAUACACUUUUCCCCUCCAGGCCAAUGGUUCCCCUCUCUUCUCCAUCUGGGGAAAUCUCAGCCACCGGCGUCAGUGUUUCAGCCGAGGGGGAGAUGAGUGGUGUUGUAAUCAUGCGGGUGUACCCUCCCCACGGCCGCCUCUCGGAGUCUGUGUCACCCGAUGCUGCUCUGGGCUCCUCCUCUGUCGCUCAAGUGAUGCCAUCCAGUGUGACAGCCGUGCCGUCCUCGGUCACCCCCAGCGUCCUUCUCGACUCUUCUUUCCCCGUCACAGCAAACAGAAACACACCGUCACUUGCCAUCAGUGGCCCAGGUGUUUUUCCGUCUUACAGUUCAGACCCACCGGCAGAGUCUUCGUUUUUCCCGGACCGAGAACCUAUCAGUUUUUCCCAACAUGAAACUGCAAGUAUUUGGGGUUCUGCGUCCAGCUUUUUCUCUACUCCACCGCUGGAAUACAGCAGCGGGGUCCCUCCGCCUUCAGAAGUAUUUGCUUCUCCGUCUCUGAGGUCAAGGGAUCUGUCUACCUUUGUUUCUCAGGCGUUUUCCAGCUUGGUUGAGACACCUGCGUUGACCAACGCGAUCAAUUCUCAGUCACCGCAGACCUCUGUUCCCGGCUCCACAAACCUGGAGUUUUCUCAGCCCUGGCCAAGCUCAGACUCUCUUUUAAGCACGUUCACUCUCCUCCCUGGUUACUCUGAAAUGUCACGACACUCCAGCUUUCCCUCUGAUUCUCUGAAGUUUUCUGAAGCGCCCACAGUGUCGCUGACAGAUACUGAAGCUCAUUUUACCUCAGCUUUCACUGAAACUACCUCCUCUGUUGAGUUUUCACUCAUGUCCCGUGAAUCCGCAGUCACCACGCUGGUGCCCUCCAGCUCCGAGCCCGUUUUGACUGCUGACUCUCACUUCAUGUCACUUUGGACUGCUGUCCCUACUUCAGCUGUUUUAACUGAACCUUCUCUCUUUUCAACCCUGACACAUUCUGGUGAUAUCAGUGCUAUAAACGAUCACACGUCUGUCUUAACCUCUUUCUCAGAAGUCACCCCUACCAGCACAGUGCUGGGCACCGCCGGGUACCUGCCGUCAGCAUCCUCGUCCGUUCCUGACGUGACCCCCUCGCCUCUGCCUACAGAGCCUACCGGUGGUCCGCGUGGGCUGUCCUUCACCCCCGCGGAUUUGCCGAGGAACACCUCCACUGAACCAAGCACAUCUGAUACUAGUGUUGCCCCUGAGAAUUCUGGUCACACCACCCUGAACAGCAGACCCGCCAGUCAGGAUCCCCACGAGGGCAGCACGGUUCUCCCCGCACUGUCCCUUCAGCCCGUGACCACCCCCACUCCCGAAGCAUCAGUUCAUACUCCAGCGCUGGUCACCACCAAGUCGCCAUAUGUGUGUGAUAUUACGGUUCCUGACGCCUAUCUGAUCACAACUGUGCUAGCCCGCAGAGCUGUGCAGGAGUACAUCAUCACAUCCAUCAAAGAGGUGCUGAGGACCCACUUCAACCGUGUGGUGGAGCUCAAGGUUUAUGAACUAUUUGCUGACUUCACUUUUCUGGUAACAUCUGGUCCCUUCGUUUACACGGCAAUAUCCGUCAUCAAUGUACUUAUAAAUAGUAAACUUGUACGAGACCAAACUCCUUUAAUCUUGGCUGUGAAACCCUCCUUCCUUGUGCCAGAGUCCAGGUUCCAAGUUCAAACAGUGCUCCAGUUUGUGCCUCAGAGUGUGGACACCGGCUUCUGCAACUUCACCCAGCGCAUCGAGAAAGGCCUGAUGACAGCUCUCUCAGAAGUGAGGAAACACCGGCAGGGGGGGUACAACCUCACAGUGCAGAUCUUGAAUAUCACUGUGGGAUCUUCGAGGCUGGCUCCUCGCCGGGGCCCUGUGAACAUCGUCUUUGCUGUCAGAGGCUCGCAGGGGUUUCUGAACGGAUCUGAAGUGAGCGAGCUGCUCAGAAACCUGAGCGUGGUGGAGUUCAGUUUCUACCUGGGAUACCCCGUGCUGCAGAUCGCCGAACCCUUCCAGUACCCACAGCUCAACUUAUCUCAGCUGUUGAAGUCCUCCUGGGUAAGAACAGUCCUCCUGGGUGUUGUUGAGAAGCAGCUCCAGAAUGAAGUGUUUCAAGCUGAGAUGGAGCGCAAGCUGGCCCAGCUGCUCAGCGAGGUCUCCGCCAGAAGACGGAUGUGGAGAAGGGCCACCGUCGCGGCUGGGAACAGCAUGGUGCAGGUGGUAAAUGUGUCAAGGCUCGAGGGAGACGACAAUCCCGUGCAGCUCAUCUACUUUGUGGAGGAUCAAGAUGGAGAGAGACUCAGUGCAGUCAAGUCUUCAGAUCUGAUUAACAAGAUAGACAUCCAGAGAGCAGCCAUCAUCUUGGGUUACCGAAUUCAAGGCGCUGUUGCCCAACCUGUGGACAGGGUGAAGAGGCCGUCGCCCGAGUCCCGGAGCAGCAACCUCUGGGUCAUCGUGGGCGUGGUCGUGCCGGCGGCGGUGGUGCUGGUGAUUGUCGUCAUCCUCUAUUGGAAGCUCUGCCGCACGGACAAGCUGGACUUCCAGCCUGACACCGUGGCCAGCGUUCAGCAGCGCCAGAAGUUGCAGAUCCCUAGUGUGAAGGGCUUCGACUUCGCUAAGCAGCACCUGGGUCAGCACAAUAAGGACGACAUACUGAUCAUUCACGAGCCAGCACCACUGCCAGGACCCGUGAAGGACCACACCACACCCUCUGAGAACGGAGAUGUGCCGAGCCCCAAGGCAAAGAUCCCUUCCAAGAACAUCCGUCACAGAGGAAGAGUUUCUCCCUCAGAUGCCGACUCCACCGUAAGUGAAGAGUCCAGUGAGAGGGACGCGGGGGACAAGACUCCAGGAGCCGUGACCGAUGGCAAGUCCCACAGAGCCCCACAGAGUGGGGCAGCACCCAGUUCAGGGAACGAGCAGCACUCGUCAGCCUCCAUCUUUGAGCACGUGGACAGGAUCUGCCGCCCCUCAGAGGCCGGUCGGCGGGUCCCCAGUAAAAUCCAGCUGAUUGCCAUGCAGCCCAUCCCGGCUCCUCCAGCCCCGCACCCCGCCUUGGCCGACCGCGGGGCAGAGACCAACAGGAUUCACAAGGAGAUCCAGACAGCGCUGCGGCACAAGUCUGAGAUCGAGCACCAUCGCAACAAGAUCCGGCUGCGCGCCAAGCGCCGCGGGCACUACGAGUUCCCGGUGCUGGACGAGCUGUCGUCGGGUGACACGCGGGAGCGGCACCGCGUGUACCGCAGGGCGCAGAUGCAGAUCGACAAGAUCCUGGACCCCACGGCCAGCGUGCCCUCCGUGUUCAUCGAGCCCAGGAAGAGCUCCAGGAUAAAACGUUCCCCUAAGCCACGCCGGAAACACCAGGUCAACGGCUGCCCUGGAGAUGCUGAGAAGGACAGACUUAUCACCACAGACAGUGACGGCACUUACAAAAGGCCGCCUGGUGUCCACAACUCUGCCUAUAUUGGUUGCCCGUCUGAUCCCGACCUCCCGGCUGACGUGCCCACGCCGUCGUCGGCUGAGCUGGGCAGGUAUCCAGGCCUGCCCUUCCCGGCCUCCCAGUACAUCCCACCCCAGCCGUCCAUCGAGGAGGCACGCCAGACCAUGCACUCCCUCCUGGAUGAUGCUUUUGCCCUGGUGGCCCCCAGCAGCCAGCCCCCCAACGCUGCGGCUGCAGGCCCUGGGGUCCCAGCCGGCCUGCCCGUGAACAGCACCCCUUCCCGGGAAGAGAGACGAGCCACCCAGUGGGGGUCCUUCUACAGCCCGGCUCAGACGGCCAACAACCCGUGCAGUAGAUAUGAAGACUAUGGAAUGACUCCCCCAUCAGGCCCAUUACCAAGACCCGGUUUCGGACCCGGUUUGCUGCAGUCUUCAGAGCUGGUGCCUCCCGAGCCGCCACAGCCCCAAGCAUCUUCCGAAGCCCCCUCAUUUGCUGCCCGAGGGAUCUACUCUGAGGAGGGGCCGUCAGUGGCCCGGCCUCGGCCUGUUGGGGGCACCACAGGCUCUCAGAUCCAGCACCUGACGCAGGUGGGAAUCGCCAGCAGAAUCGGAGCUCAGCCAGUGGAAAUCCCACCGGGCAGAGGCGGCCAGUAUGGGGGGCCAGGCUGGCCUGCCUACGGGGAGGACGAAGCCGGCCGGAGAGAGGCUACACACGUGCUUGGACAUCAGGAGUAUUCAUCCCCGCUGUUCCAGGUGCCAAGGACUUCAGGCCGGGAGCCCUCAGCUCCUCCCGGGAACCCCCCUCACAGGGGGCUGCCGGGCGCCGGAUUGGCCUACGCCACCAGCUCCACGGAAGACCUCCAGCCCGGCCACUCCUCAGCCUCUCUCAUCAAAGCAAUCCGCGAGGAGCUCCUCCGGCUCUCGCAGAAGCAGACCGCUGUGCAGAACUUCCACAGCUGAUCAGCCUCGCCUUGCACAUUUGCCAAGUAUCCGCUUCCUGUGGAAGCAAGACUAAAAGGAAGUCAACUGAGCAGGUGUUUUUAAGAGGAGGAGCAUCUCUGGGGCGAGGGGCCCAACUAAGGGAACAGGUCGAAAUUUUAGAAGAUGCCCCAAGUCACGUGACAGCCCAUGAUGCUUUUCAUACGUUGGCAGUUUUGUGACCACCUGGGUUCAGUUGAAAUUUAUGUACUUUUGGCCAAAAGCCAGCAGCACUUCACAAAAGACCAACCACAGUUCUAAGCUAAUGAAAUUCCUAAGUUAGUCUCUUUCUUUUUUUUUAAGGUGAAAGAUGAUAAUGUGUAGAUGGUAUAGGGAUUAAAGGAACCUAGUAUUUCCGUGGGAAGAUGUGACUCAGACUGGUUUGUACGAUGAACCUGCUGCUUUGUUUUCUGAGAAAAGAGUUUUGAAGACAUUUUAUUAAUGGCUUGAUUUUCACCCUCUUUUUCCUCCAUAGGAACUUCUUUUAAUAGUAAUAUUAACGACAUGAAUACUAAGACUGUUUGGGAAUUUAAAAAGCUACUAGUGAGAAACCAAAUGAUAGAUUGUAGAGCCUGACGGUUUGAAACAAAGCCAUCAACUGCAUCUUCCUUUUUCUGGUGCUACAGCUACAAGAGCCCCUUCACCUUGUCUGUGAAAUGCAACUUUGGCUUUCUCAAUAGAAGAACACGUGGAAGGUUUCAUUUUGUUCUAGAAAGAGGGGAGAAAGCCUCUCCACAGAGGAAAAGCUUAAUAUUUAUUUGGUUAUUCAAAAUACAUAUCAAAGUUUAGAUUUACACUCUUAAUUGUAUUUGCCAUUUGUUGAUUGGCAGCGGCAACUGCCUAUUGCAUUUCAUUUGAGUACAUAUCUUCAUCAAGGCCAGUCCUAUAGAAUGAGGCUUUGAGGAGGUCCUGACGAAUCCUGGCACUUUGCUGAUAAGUUGCUCCCGGCUUUGAAUGAGGAAUCUUACGUAAGCAAAAAUGCUUUGUCACAGUUCCUAGGACCACCGAAUGGUUAGUUAUUCGUGAAUGCAUCUGUGGUAAUUGCAGUCCCUGUGUUCGAGACCUGGAAACGAGUUCUGUUGAGCCUCUUUGUAAUGAGCCAAGGAAGGAAGGAGAAGCUUUGAGACCACGAGGGAGAAAGAGUUGCUCCUAAUUUAUGAUUUUAUUGUGUAUAACUGUGCUGAGUGACUGAAAAAACCACCUUUGGGCCUGAUGGAGGGGUCCUCUCACUUGAGAUUGCCUCCUGAAGGGAAUAGCUCUCCGCUUCCCAAAGUGGAGUAAAGAAUAGAGUAACAAGGGCUGUUCUGUUUUCUGGGACCUGAGUGGAAUGAAGAACAGAGGCAGAUAACACUUUGCCAUGAAUCCUUUUUUAUUAGCUCAAUUAAUAUCUUUAAUUAAACAACAGAUACACAGGCAGAAUCUGGGGCUCUGACUAAUCAAAAUCUCUGUAUUUGUGUCAAAUUUUAAGAACCCCGAAGCGGCUAAAAUAGGCCCCAAAGUGUAACCACUGGCUUCCAGUGUUAUGUUUCUGCGCUUCCUGCACUAAGCCCGUUAUGUAGACUCAAGAGUCUCACAAUCCAGGGAGAGUCAGUUCUGGGAAAUUAAAAUGUAGGCAUUUUUUAUCUUUACGCCUCUGAAACAGGAGAGGUGCAGAAGGAUGCCUGUUGAGAAUGUGAAAUAAAGUAACGGGAGCUCCUUUUCAGGUACCCUUCCCUGGCUCCAAAGAGCAGGGGAGAGAGGACCCUCAUGUGGGCUUGAUCUCUUACCAUUUAGUCUUGAUUUAAUACCAGACUUGCCCAGAGUGGAGGGAUCUCUUUGCCUGUCAUUCAGAAAUACCAGGAUCCUGAAUGUGUAAGGAAGAAUUUCAGAGAUUCACGCAAAUUCUUAUUUCGGACACCUUUUGGUGAAUUCAGAUUGAGUGCCAGCUGACAGCCCCUCCCCUCCCCUCCUGCUCAGUGUCCUAAGUGUUCGCACGUGGAGUGUACAAAUGUGGUUACCUCCUUAGCACGUGGCAGAGAUGGGCCUCUGUUUUAAAUGGGGCUGCGGUAGCAGUUUUGAUGCCUUUCAAGCUAGCAUAAGGGGAUUCUGUCUAUAUUUUUCUUCUUAGAAGAGAUACACUUUUAAACCAACGUCAAGACCAAAAAUGACGUGUUAUAGACAACCAGUGGUAUGUGGUGGGUGUGAGCAGGCUGGUGAGAUCCCCAGCACUCUUGCAUUGGUUGUAAAGCACACUCAGAUUGCACUCAGUUUUACUGUCAACUGACCCAGAACACAUCAGCUGUCGUGGGACCACCACCCUGAGUGGGGCUUCAGACACUCAGUCAAUGGAAUCUACUUCAACGAGAGGUCCUCGUGGCAGUUGUGUGGCUUUGGAGUUCCAUUUAUUGAAACACUGCAAAAUGAAAACUGACAGUUUAUGUCUGUUCUUUUUUCCUGAUUUUAAAAGUUCUCAUGGUAGUAGCAAGAGCUAUACAUUUGAGUCAGAGUUUUAGAGGAGACUGUUUGGAGAAAUGGUCAUUUUCAGAUUCUGCACAGUCACUUCCUGGCUGUGUCAGGCCCCUUGUCUGAGCCUUAUUCUCCCCAUCAGCCUCAUGAGAACCGGCCUCCCCCGCGCACCCCCCCCACGCCCCCAGGAUUUCUCAUUGCAAGGAUCAGGUAUGGUCAUGUGGGCAGACACCCCUUGAGGAGGGACCACAGAGCACUGUGAGAACGUGGGCUCUCUGUGUGAUGGUGCUGGGAUGGACCGUCUGAUCUGCUGUGACCUCCCAGUGAAUGAGCUCACGUGGAGGAAACCAGAGCAACACCAGAGGCCCCGUGGGACUCCACUUCCUCCCUCCCGAUUUGCUUUCAAUUCACUUCCUUCACCAUUAACUUUCAGUUCUCAUGCAUUGUUCGGAUUUUCUGCUGUUUCUGGCACCAAACAUGAGCCCUCCCUUCUGAGAUGUUCGGAUCUGAAUCAGACAACACCCUCGGGUGUAAAAAAUGGAAGAGAUGGGAAAAUAACAUGGUUUAAACGUCAGUAAAAUGCACCGAAGUACACAAGUACAUUAGAAGGAGGAAUGGAACUUACACGUUUGGAAACGGUGGGAUCUUGGGGAGAGCUCAGCAUCAGAAGCCACGGAAGACAAGAGCUUUCCGGGCAUGUGGUGAGAUGGUGUGGGAAGAGUUGAGAGUGGGCCUGGGGAAGGAUGGUGAAAGUGGUGAAGCUGCCAUUGAAAAUAACCUUGAACCUGGUCUGCUCCAAUAUGGAGACCAAAUCCGUAACUGCACCAUUGAAGGAGUUUUGUAAAGAGGAAGAAGUGAUGUAUGAGGAAACAUUUGCAGGAACCCACCAAGAAAAUGACCAGGCCUGGGAGGCAGGUCUGUGGAGGAAGACGUCUGUUCUGGAGGGGACGGGAGAGUCCCAGAACUGCCAGAGGGCCAGUGUCAAGUGUGAAAGACGUCCACCGAGGUCUACUGUUAAGAGCAGAUCUCAAGGGUCUGUCGUUCAGCCACAUUUAAUCCUUUGUGGAGUGUAGUGGGUUAUAAGUAAAUAUAUUUGACUUUACAGCUACCUACACUUUUUCCUCCAAGUUGUAUUUAAUUUCAGAGCGUCUUUUCAUUUUGGUUGUAUGUGGCUUUUGAGCUGCAGACUAAGCCAGUUUUUGCCAACCACAAUUUUUCAGGGCAUGAGGCCUGUGAUGCAGGGCACAGGUGAAGGGAUGCCUGGAGGCUGCGGGCUGAAACAGGUAAUUCUGUGCUUUACAAGCCUCCCAUUCAACUGCGUGACAGGGUCAGUGUUCACUGUGUUUGCACAACUUAGUGCUCCAGUGACCAAACCAAUUACUCGGACACAGAUUGGCAUUUGUAGUUAAUUCAGGAGUUAAUCAUUAAAUACAUCUCUCUCUCCCUUUCAUAUGAGAUUCCUAGACAUGAAUGAAUUUUCUGGUUGGAAGGAGAGCUGGUGAAAGGUUCUGGGUGGGUGGGGAGGGGGUUCCAGUCUUGAGUACCACACACGCUUUAGCUGUAGAUGUUUUAGCCAUUUCACUUCUACCUCCAGAGCAGGUCUCCAAAGCCAGACUCCAGGGCCCACCUAACCCACCUUUGUUCCAGGCAGGAGCAUGAGGAAGUCCACUUCUGCACCUGCAUGUAGACCAUUUGAACACACAGCAUGUUUUUAUGGGAUGGUAACCUGAACUUCAUUUUUACAUUUACUCUAGCACCGUCACGGAUAUUCUUACAACAGGUGAGAGGGGUUUCCAUCAACAGCUGCUGUAACACACUCAUACACUGUAUUAGGCCUACACUUGUUACCUAGUGAACAGGGAGUGUGUGCAUUUCUGGUUUCUUUUGCUACCCUUGGAGGCAAUUUGCAGUGUUUAAGAUUCCUUUCUCUAAUUUUAUGAAAAAGACUUGAAAACUAAAACCUCACGGGUUUGAUCCUAAUUCCAUGCUGUGUGUGUAACAGUACACUUGACAAUUUAUCUUAACACCCCAGCAGCAUUGACAUUUAGCAAAAGAGUAUCAAAUGCCUUGGAAACAUGAAACAAAGUUGGGAACCAGGGAGCAAGAGAAAGAAGGAAGGAAUGUCACCCUCUGAGACACCCUUCUCUAAAUUACUUUCCCACGGGGUAGAUCAUUAUGCAGACUCUUUGCUUUUCCUUCUUUCUCUGGGUUUUUCUGCUCUGGGGCCGCUUCACAUUUAAAGAGUGGAUAAGGAGAAGGGACAAAGAGAAAAACUGAAGUGAUUUGGGUCUCACGGUCCCUGAUUCCACAGAAUCUUUCUGGACAACUUGGAACAUCAUGAAUGCCCCUUCUCAUGUCCACCAGGUUUCCAACGUUCAUCACUUGACUCCUUGAGUGCAAGGUCAGAAUAGUGCUGGGUCAGCGUCUAGCCAGGCUCCCCAUACUGUUCCUCCUGCAAAUGUGAGGAAGGAGGAGGGAACCCUAGGGGAACAGAGGCUCCACCAGUGGACUCCGUUGCUCUAGGCAGCAGAGGAUUAAUUUCAGAAAAGGGGAGUAGAAAUUCUCCACUUUGCCCUCCUCCAGGGCUGGUCUCGGGAGCAUGGGGGUGGAGUGAAUUGCACCCUUCCAGGAAAGGCUGCCAAACCGAGCACUCUAGGGUACCCACUGGCCACCUCCAACUUUGUCAAGGUCCAUGUUCUUCUAAGUUCCUGCACUCUCAUCCCUAGAUUAUGAGUGUUAAUGUACGAAAAAAUGCAGAGUAAAUUGAGGCCACUUGUGGCAUCAAUCCUGCAACUUUGAACUUGACAAUCAUGGUUUGCUGGUCUCAAACGGGCCCUUAAAUUUCAUUAUGGGUAAAUGAUUUAGUAAUUCGACCCUCUCUUCUCUUUGCUGGCUAUGUUUCUUCCCUUCAAUUAGCUGCACUGUUUUCUAAUGUGCUGUAGAGUUUUUGAAAUAAUUUAUGCAAGUGUUUGGUUUCCAUGUUUACAAUUUAUACAGCUUUCCUAGCAUUUUAAAUGGAAAUGUCAAUAAAUGCUCUGAAUUGGUGUCAAGUGA